AUGGUCGGCAACGUCGUUCUGCACGUGCUGCGCUGCAUCUCCUUCUUCAGCGCAUACAGCACACCCUGCCACUGCACGUUGCAGCCACCACUUGAGGAAGCGUCGCACAUCCACCUCCACCACCUCCUCCUGCGUCAGCCACAUAGCAGCUGGAACUCAACAUCUGCGCGGUCCAACAUGAGUGCAAGCAGCAGGUUCAGCAUCAUGGAGAUGACACACAGGACGCGCAGCAGCCACCACCACCACUGUAGCCGCCGUCAAAGCCGUGACUGCCGCACCUCCUGCACCAUGUCCACAAUCAGCCAGCACGCCAAGCGCCAGCAUGGUCACCACCGACUUGUUGUCACCAACUCCCAGCAGCAACUGGGCCACGUCGUUGCCACUGACGAAGCUGCACGCGCCAAGUGGCACCACACGCGCCCCAGCGUCCUCAAGCUUGGCCAGCUCACCAGACAACUUCACCAGGUUGUUGAAGAAGGCCCUGAUGGCCUCACACACCUCGUCCACGAUGAACUGCUCUGUGUUGCAGUCAAGCUAGGGCACACUGGUGGAGGUGCAGAUGGCACGGAGUGCGGGCGCGUGGCUGGUUUUGCUGGCCGCAAGCGACAACAGAGACAGCGGCGUGGCUGUCCGUGCGUCCUCGACGGGUGGCAUAUCACGGUGGCAGGGAAUAUGCGCACAGGGCUCGCUGCAGCUUAG